AUGGGUUCUCUAGAAGAUACUGGUACUUGGACGGUGUGUGAAUUGCCUCCCGGGAAGCACCAUGUUGGUUGCAAGUGGAUUUAUACGAUCAAGUAUAAUCCAGAUGGCACGAUUGAGCGCCAUAAAUCACGCCUUGUUGUGAAAGGCUAUACACAACUUGAAGGGCUCGACUACUUGGAUUCCUUCUCUCCCGUGGCUAAGAUUGGGACUCUCCAUUUACUUAUAAGCUUAGCUGCUGCCAAAGACUGGUCCAUUACACAACUGGAUAUCAGCAAUGCGUUUCUCAAUGUGCUUGUCUAUGUCGAUGAUAUCCUCAUUGUUGCAAAUGAUGACGAUGCCAAUGUGAGGUUUAAAGAAGUCUUGCAGUCUGCCUUUAAGCUCCAUGAUCUUGGACCGGCUAAAUACUUCUUGGGCUUUGAGAUUGCUCGAAAUAAGACUGGAAUAUCUCUGAAUCAGCGCAAGUACACACUUGAAUUACUUGAAGAAGCGGGUUAUUUGGGAUGUAAACCUCUCUUUGUUCCUAUGGAAUCAAACUUGAAGAUGUCUGCUACAUCUGGAACUGUUCUUCUUGAUGCGGCUGUCUAUAGGAGACUCGUGGGUCGCCUUCUAUACUUAGACACAUACGCGUCCUGA